AUUAGUUAUGAAAAGGAGCAGAGACAGAAGCUGCUGAAGCAUCUACGAGGUGAAGAUACGUGGAUGCUUGAUGAUGUGAAUGAACGUGUGGAACAACUGGAAAAGGAACAUUCUGUUCAGAAAAAAAAGAAAAAGGACAAGCAUUCAAAAAAAGCUAAGAAAGAAAAGAAGAAAAAUAAAAAACAAAAAUCUGAGAAGAAAGAUGACUUACUUGAUAGUUCUUCGGAUUCUUCAGUUGAAUGGGUUGAGGCAAAUGUGUCACAGUCAGAUAACACAGAUAAGGCUUGGAAGGUCAACAAGCAAUCAGAUGCUGUGAAAGAGCCCUUCCUGCAGAGAGAAGAAUGGAUGAAUUUAGACUUCAUGUCAUUGAAAACCACAUCAGCAGCUGCUGUCAGAGGUGAAAGAGACAAAGAAAAAGUAUUGGAACGACAGAAAGCUCAAGAACUUGAGCAGGCCAUGCUGUCUGAGAGAGAACUCAAUCCCUUUUGGAAAGAUGGUGGUACAGGUUUGCCGCCAGAGAAGGAUGAAGCAACUUCAGUUAAGAAAGGUACAGUGGUAGAAGAUGCUGGAUUAAGUUGGUUACGAAAAUCAUACCAAAGGAUGAAGGAGCAGGCUGAGAGAGAGAAACGAAACAUUGAGGAAAUUGUAGCUGAGAGAUAUGGGUCAAUGGAAGCGUUUCAGUCACGGUUAGAAGAAGCUGAAAAAUCUGCGCCCAGAAAAGAAAAUUGUUAUAGAAGUGAAAGAUGGAAGAAAACUGACUAUUCAGAAAGUGAGAAAGAGAAGAAAGAACGGUAUAUAAAAAAGGAGACACGAGAUGAAGGUGAUGGGAACAGGAACAAGUUUGGGAGCUAUACUAGGGAGAAGUAUGGCAAGGAAUGGAUGCAAGAAGACAAAGGUUACAAAAAAGGUAUGUCAAGAGAAGACCGGGGACACAAUAGCACAGACUCUGUAUCCAAAGGCUUCAGCUCCAGAGCAGAGAAGAACUCUGAUGAAAAACGAAGUCAGGAAAGGAGCUCAUUGCUAAGCAACGUGAAACACAAAUUUCUGAAGCCCUCUGAAGAUGACUUACCAUCUUGCAGUUCACCUAGAGACUACAAGUCACAGCAGUCCUCUUCCAAACUGCCGGAUCCUAGCUCUUUGAGCAGCCUUUUCCAAAAACCUAGUGAGGAUACUGCACUGUGGAAUGAAACACACAGAGAAGAUAAAAGUGAGAAAUUAAUGUCUGAUAAAAAAUCGUCAGGUACUAGGGAACAAAUUGAUGGCAAUAGUUGGGAAAAAACUCCAGGAGAUGAAAAAGAGAAGUCGCAACAUGAGUACCCAAGCAAUAUCCCUGAGAAGAAACAAAUCUUAUCUGACAGUAAAACAUCAUGUUCUAGACAUGAAUCAAAGGAUGAGCCGCCUCGGGUCCUUAGUGAAGAGGAGAUGAACAGACUGGGAGCAAGGAUUGUGAAAGCUGAACUCAUGGGAGACAUGGAGUUAGCUUCAAAACUUCAAGCAGAACUGGAGAGCGCACGGAAACUGAGGGAGUCUCAAGGGCAGAUUCCAGCUAAGUCUGACAGAGAGGCUUCAAGCCUUCAAGAAGAUGAACAAGUGGUCCUUGUCAGAACAGAUCGAAGUGGCAGAGCAUGGCCUGUUACUGCACCAGCAGAACCACUGGAGCCAAAAGGAGGACGGAGAAAGCGGCAGAUGAUCACUACUCAUAUAGAUAAAGAAAGAGUCAGGUAUUUUCAGGAUGAUGAUAGUAUGAACCUGAAUGAUUUGGUCAGAAAUGAGAAGAUGAGAACAGCAGAGGAUCAAAACUCAUUGUUUAUGCGUAUGGCAUCAAAGCUCAUGGAAAAAACUGACAGAGAGUACUACACUCUGGAUGACAUGUUUGUUUCCAAAGCAGCCAAAAAAGCACGCAGUGGGGAAGAGGAAGAAAUACAAAGAAGAAAAGCAAUACGUGAGCACCAGCAACUUGCUGCACGCAUGGAAAAGUGCCCAUACUGUUUUGACAGCAGUGAACUUUCUAAACAUCUUAUUAUUGCAAUUGGCACCAAGGUAUACUUGUCUCUGCCAAGCAACCAGUCCCUUACUGAAGGUCACUGCCUAAUAGCCCCUCUACAGCACCACACUGCAGCCACGCUUCUGGAUGAAGACAUCUGGGAAGAAAUCCAGAUGUUCAGAAAAACUCUGGUAAAAAUGUUUGAAGAUAAAGACUUGGACUGUGUGUUCCUAGAAACAAACAUGAGUGUGAAGAAACGGUAUCACAUGAUCUAUGAAUGCAUUCCUCUUCCAAAAGAAGUAGGAGACAUGGCUCCAAUCUACUUUAAGAAAGCUAUAAUGGAGUCCGAUGAAGAGUGGUCUGUGAACAAGAAGUUAAUUGAUCUUUCUUCAAAAGAUAUUCGGAAAUCUGUUCCUAAAGGAUUGCCAUACUUUUCUGUGGACUUUGGCCUUCAAGGAGGAUUUGCUCAUGUCAUUGAAGACCAACACAAGUUCCCACAUUACUUUGGAAAGGAAAUCAUUGGUGGCAUGCUGGACUUAGAACCACGGCUCUGGAGAAAAGGAGUCAGGCAGAAUUUUGAGGAUCAGAGGAAGAAGGUGUUGCAGUUUGCACAGUGGUGGAAACCAUAUGACUUUACCAAAAAGAAGGAAUGA